CAGCGGCUGAGCGGGGCUGGGGCAGAGCUGACCUGCUCGGCGGAGCCUGAGAAGCGACGUGCAAACUCCCUCCCUGCCCUCCCUUCAGGGCCCGGGGGACCUUUCCCCCUUGGGAAUCUCGAGUUGGGGUCCGGCUGCCCAUGGGGCAGGUUCUGCUGGCCAGCGCUGCCUUAGCAUGAGCAGACAGUGCUGUGUGCGACAGAAACCCUGGCUGGCUGGCCUGAAGAUCACAGAAGGUCCUGCAGUACCGGACUCGGUGCCGAGAGCUGGAGCAGCAGGUGGAGGCAGGAGGGGGAUCUCUCCCCGGCAGGUGGGAAGCCACAGAAGACCACAGCCUGGAGAAAGCACUGCUGCAGCUGGAAGAGGAGCAGCAAAGGUGUGAGAAUCUGGCAGAAGUGAACGCUCUCCUGCGGGAGCAGCUCGAUAAAGCCAGUGAGGUUAAUUCAGCCCUCAAAGAAGAUGUUGGAAAACUGACGGCGGAUUGGAUGAGGGCCCGGGAGGAGCUGGGCUUGAAGGAGAGUGAAUGGCGCCGUGAGCGCGAGGUGCAUGAGAGCUACGUCAGGGGUGAACAUCAGCGUCUCCUCAGCCUGUGGUGCCAGGUGGUGACCUUCCGCCGCCAGUUCCUGGAGAUGAAGACUGCCACUGACCGAGAUUUGUCCGAGCUGAAGGCAGAGCACAUGAGGCUUUCUGGAGCUGUGCUCGUGAGCUGCUCCCGUCCAACCUCUGGUGUCCAGUUCUGGGAGUCCCUCACGCUGGGCAGAGCUGUCGUGAGGGGUCAGACAGAGCAGCAAGUGGAACAGGAUAGAAACCAGAAGACUCAGGCGGUGAUGUGCUUACAAGCCAAGGGAGACCUGGAGAAGAAGGAGCUUCAGGACAGGGUGAUGGAGCUCUCGGCCUUGCUUGUACAGUCCCAGAAGCAGAACGAGGAGAAAGAGAAGAUCAUGAAAACGCUUCAGGACACUGUGGAGAUUCUGGAAGCCGGUCGGUUAGAGAAAGAACAUGAAGUUCUGUGGAGUAAAAGUGCUAAAGAGGAGAACCUGUCCCUGCAAAAGCUCAUAAAAGAUAUAACUGAGGUGGUGUUGGAUGCCAGUGACAGCACGGCCAGCGUGAUCUGCCCUGACAGUUCCCAGCAGGCAGAGCCCAGCACCAUCCCCUCUGUCCUGAGCUCCGGCGGGGCAGAGCAGGCCUUUGCCUUGGUUCAGGAGGCGCUGGCAAGGAGGCGAGGAGCAACACGGGCCCUACACAAAGAGCUUUCUGCCAGGCAGGACUCUAUCGAUUCCCUGCUGCAGCAGCACAGGCAGCAGGAAGAGAAGUGCAGGAAGCUGCAGCAGAGGCUUGAGCAGCUGCAGGAGGAAUGCGCCACGUCCAGCAGCCAGCGGCAGCACCUCCAGUCUCUGGUGGAAGCGCUCAGAAGUGACUGUGCCAACCUGGAGACAACCAGGGACGAGCUACAGCAGCAGCUGGAAGUAACGGAGCAAGAAGCCUCGCGUCUGCGUCAAAGGAACACGGAGCUGCAGCUGAAGGAAGACUCAGCCCAGGGGGACAAGGUGGAGCAGCAGCAGGCGAUGGAGAGAGCGCGUCGUGAGCAGGAGCUGCUGCUGAAGGACUUUGCUGCACUCGAAGGAAAACAUUCGUUAUUGCAGAGUGAGCUGGUAGUGGCGAGAGAGACGCUGGAGGAGUCGCAGCUUCAGAGGGAUCUGCUGGAGCAAGAGAAACACGAGCUGACCACGGCCCUGGAGAAGGCCAAGCAGUCGGUGGCAGAAUUGACCAGGACUCAGAAGAGCCUGAGUGUUGAAAUAGCUGAUCUCCGUGCUGCAGCAGCCAACAUGAGCAGUAUCAAUGAAGCUCUUGCAGUGGAGAAAGUGCAGCUGAACAACCUUGUGCUGCAGCUGGAGCAAGAGAAUGAGGUUGUGUCAGAGAAAGUGGCCGAGCUGGAGAGAGCAAGAGUCUGUGAGCAGGAGCAGCUGAGCUGGUGUGAAAGAACCAAGGCAGAGCUCUGUGCAGAGAAAGCCCAGCUGGAGCAGCUGCUGCAGGAAGCAGAGGAGCAGCAGGAGGGGCUGCGGGUGCAGCUGAGGAGACUGGCAGAGGAGAAGGAAGAAACCCAAGAGCAGCUCAGUGAGGUGUCCCGGCAGCAAGAGUCGGCCAGCACUGGUCUGGAGCAGUUGCGCCAGGAGUCCUCUCGCCAAGGGCUCGCACUGGCCAAGGUGUGUGAAGAGAAGGAGGUGCUGGUGCAGGAGAAGGCUGCCCUGGAGCUGCGCCUGGCAGCCGUGGAGCGGGACAGACAAGGCCUUUCCGAGCAGCUGGCAGAGGCCAGGCCGGUGAAGGAGACCCUGGAGCGCAGCCUGUUUGAGGCUCAGCAGCGCGUAUCUCAGCUGGAGAUCGCCCGGAGUCAGCUGGAGAUGCGACUUCACAUCGUCACGCAGGCCAAGGAGGUGAUACAAGGGGAAGUGAAGUGUCUUCAACGUGAGCUGGAAGCAGAGAGAUCUCUCCUGAGGCAGGAACAGGAGAACACGGCACAACAGCUCUUAUGGAGAGAACAGCAGCAUGACGAUACCCUCAGACUUCGGCAGAGCGAUCAUGAAGCAGAAAUACAGAGGCUUCUGCAAGACCUGGCACGCGCGCGGGAAGGGCACCAGUCAGAGCUGCAGGAGCUGCUGGAGCGAUGGCAACAGGAGAAGGCAGAGACAGAGAGGGAGCACGAGAAGCAGCUGUUGGACAUGGAGCAGAAAGUUGCUGCCGUGCAAGCUCAACAACAAGAGGAACAAACCAGACGUGAAAAUGCUGAGCGAGAGGCCGUGCUGGAAAAGGAGCGUGAGAAGAAUUCUUUACUGGAGACGCUCCUCCAGACUCAGGGAGAGCUCACAGACGCCUGCCAGCGGGUAGAGCAGCUCAGGCAGCAGAUGAAAGAGCAGCGAGAGAAGGGGCAGAAUGUCACAGAAAAGCUGCAAACAGAGCUGGAGGAAGCUCAGAGCAAGAUCAGGGCAAUGGAGAAGAGGCACGAGGUAGAAUUCCAAACCGCCAAAGAGGAAAUGGAAGUGCUUCUGCAGCAGAGGGAUGCUCUACAAAACCAGGUGGAAGAGUUGAAAGCUCAGCUGGCAGCCUCCGAAGAGACCCAGCAAGUGAUUGGCUGCAAAGCUCAGCAAGAUCUGAGUGAGGCACAGGAACUGUCAAGGCAGAAGGUGCUGGAGGUUGAGCACCUCCAGAAGAUCCUGGAGGAGAAGAGGAGUCAGUGGGAGGAGGCAGAACAUCAGAACGAGGAGCUGCAAGCGCGUCUGCAGUCAUUGGAGGAGGAAAGGAGUCAAUGGGAAGAAGUAGAGCGUCACAACACGGAAUUUCAGGCUUUGUUGAAGGUUCUAGAGAGUGACAAAGCCAGGCUGACUCUGUCUCUGGAAGAGAAGGAACUGAGCCUCAGAACCCUGGAAGAAAACAGCCUUGCCCAGCACAACGAGGUUUCUCAGCUUCUUUCUGCUCUUCACCAAGCUCAGCAGCUCCAUUCAGACCACAGAAGAGAAAUACAAGAGCUCAACAACCAGGUGCGGUCACUGCAGGAUGUGGUUUUGGAGAAGGAGGCUGCCCUGGCGACUCGAGAGAAGCAGCUGGUACAGGAUCUGGAGGAGUCCCGAGCGGGCGAACAGUGCUUGAGGGACUCUUUGCGCAUGUUGGAGGCUGAGAUGUCUGAUCUGCAUUUGAGGCUUUGUAGCACAGAGAACAGAGCGAAGGCGUUGGCCACGGCGUGCCAGCAGGCGGACGGUGCCCACCGGGAAGCCCGAUCGCAGCUGGACAAGCUGCACUUGGUUCUGCACCGCAUGAUCUGUGACAGCAGAGACUUAGUCACUGGGAGUUCAGAACAGGGUGAUGUUUCUCAGGCCAGGGCCCUCCCUGCAGAGGUCACAGUGGACAGCGUCGCAGCAGCCCUACAAGACCUGCGUCAGCACCUGAAGCAGACUCAGCAAGAUCUGAAUGAUGCAAGGCAGAAGAUACAGGACUUGGAGCUGGAGCUGAGCAAGAGGCAAGCGGAGAGGGACCAUUUGAGUGCCCACAGUCAGGAGCUGCAGACACAGUUGGCUCAAAGCCGGGAAGAGACACAGAUGGCAGAACGCAAGAAGAACUCUCUAGAAGCUGCCCUGCAGGAAGAGGCAGCUGCUCUGAAGGAGGAGGCUGUGACUCUACAUCAAGAGGUGGCAUCUUUGGAAAGGAAACUCGAGAGCACUGAGAAGCAAAGAAAGGAUGUCCUGCAUGAACGGGACAGGCUGGAAGCAGCUAAAGAAAAGCUGGUAUGGGAGAGAGAACGUCUCCAGGAGUCAGUCACAGCCGCUGAGAGCCGAGCAAACACAGCAACAGAUAUGAACCACUGCCUUGAACAAGAACUUCAAACUACUUUGUCUAUCUUAAAAAUCAAAAAUGAGGAGGUGGAAACACAGUGGCAGAAAAUGCAGAUGCUGCAGCAAGAGGCAGCAGAGGGUAAAGCUUUGCAGGAGACUCUCAUUCAUAUGAAUGAUGCCCUGUCAGAGAGGGAAGGAGAAACACAGUUGUACCAGGAACAGAUGAGAAUGCUGGAAAAUCAGAAAGAAAUGCAGAGAACUGCUCUUGAUCGGGUGAUGAAGGACAUGGCAGAGAAAAACCAGCAGGUGCAAUCCCAGCAAGACCAGAUCCGGGAGCUGGAGAAGCAGCAGGAGCUGCAGAGGACGGUUGUAAGUGGGAUGAGCAAAGAGCUGGAGGAGAGAGAGCAGGAGAUCAGAUCCCAGCAAGCACUGAUAGCGGAGCUGGAGAAGCAAUUAGAAUCGCAGAGGACUGCUGUCAGUAAAAUGACCAAAGAGCUGGAGGAGAGAGACCAGGAGAUCCAAUUCCAGGAGGGGAAAAUAAUGAUUCUAGAACAACAUGGUGCAUCACAAGUGAAAAAUCUGCUUGUGGAUCUUGAUCAUAUGAAAGAAAACUUGAAGGUAAAAAAUUCAGAGCUUACAUCUCUGACUCAGCGGAUCCAAGAACUGGAAGCAGAGGGAGAACAGGCAAAAUCUCUCCACACAAGCCUUGAACACCUGAGGGCAGUUCUUAAGGACAGAGAGAGCGAGUGUGAUUCUCAAAGGGAUCAGUUAAGACUCUUGCAGCAGUACAAGGAACAGCAAGAGGAGCGCCUGCAAGAGCUUCAUGGUCAAGUAGAAAAGAUGACACUUUUUUUAGCUAAAAAAGAUGAAGAACUUGACGCACAACAAAAGCAAAGCCAGGAAGCUGAAGAAGUCAUGGAAAUGCAGUUAAGGACUGUCCAUGACCAACUGGAGCAGACCUUAGAAACCUUAAAAGAAAAGGACAGACUCAUAGACAUCCAAAAGCAACAAAGAAGGAGCUAUGAGGAAAAAACAGAAAAACAGAUGAAUGUCUUACACAGAGACAUAGAAUACACUAAGACAAUACUGAAAGAAAAGGAUUUCCUGAUUGAAUCUCAGAAGGAAGUGAUUGAGACCCUCCAAAAUCAAGAACAAGACUCUGAACAGCAGAAGGAAAUUCUGCAGCAUCUUCAAGUGGCACUAAAGAAACAAGAGCAAGAAAUUUUAUCACUUAGAGAGCAAUGUGAGGCAUACAGGGAAAAGGAGAAACAGCAUGAAGGUGAGCAAAGAAAUCUUCAAGCAGCACAACUGACUCUAAAAGAAAGAGAAAGCAAGAUAGAGGUUCUGGAGGGGGCUGUCUCUAAACUUCAGCAGGAAAAGGAGGAGGCAGUGAUGCAGACCGAAGCCAUAAGGCAAAAACUAGAAUGUGCUGAAUCUUCUUUAGAAGCUAGAGAUCAAGAGAUAGUGUCUUUGCAAGAACAUGUCCAGGACCUUCAAGAGCAGAAGGAGUUGAAAGGCAAGCAGGCUCAGAGUCUGCAGCAGGAUCUAGACAAAAUGAGCCAAAUAGUGAAGGAGAACUGUUUGGAGUUCCUUCAGCAGACAGAGCAAAUUAAUAUGUUCCAGCUUUCUGAAGAAAACAUGAAAAUAGCUCUAACAUCAUGCCAGAAACAAGUCAAUCUGCUUGAGGAAGUGAUGAGGAAGAGGGAUGAAGACAAUGAAGAAGAAUUGAAGACCCUGCAGAAUCUCCAGGUCAGGCUAAGCCAGAAGACUGAAGAGGUUAGACACCACAGAGAGCAGGAGACGCUCCGGGGAGAAGUCUGCCCUGAGAGGGGACGAGAGACCAAGGUUCAAGGUGAGCAAAGAGAAUUAGAAGAGGAAAUAAGAGCUCUUCGGGAAGACCUCCAGCAUGUUCAACAGACUCUUCCAAAGAAGGAUGAAGAUCUCGAGCACCAGAGAGACAGAGUCAGGUAUUUAGAGGAGACUCUGGAAGGGAGGGAACAAGACCUUAGAAGGCAGAGUGACCUCCUGAAACAAUUAACAUCGGCUCUGCGAUGGAAAGAUGACGGGGAGACCCUGAAGAAACAAAUCCAGAGACUCCAAAAGUGGGAGGAAGAGGAGGCAGAGAAGAGGCAAGUUGUCCAGGAGAGAGAUGGUCUCUUGAGAAGGCAGAAGGAGCUGACCCAACAGCUGGAAGAGGAGAGGAAAGCAAAGGGGGAAGAACUGGAGCGUGUGGCUGCUCUUUUGAAGCAGACGGAAAGCAGAGAACUGAAAUGGCAGCAGAAGGCACAAGCACUGACUCUUGCCCUCACCAGGAGUGAAAUGGCCACUGGGACUCUGAGGGCAGAAGCAGCUGUCCUGCAGAACAUGGUUUCAGAGAGGGACACGGACCGGUUUCAUCAUCAGCAGGCUGCUGCAGAAGGGGAGCGGCUCUCCUGGCUCUCAGAGAAGAGACGCCUGUCGCAGCGGCUGGAAUGUCUGCAGGGAGCAGUUGCAAGGCUGGAACUGGAGAAGACGGAGCUGAAGCAAUACAACGCUGAGCUCAGGAGGACCCUGGAGCUGGUGGAACGUGAACGCAGGAGGCUGAAGAGAUGUUGCCGUGGUCGGUCGCUGCCAGAUGCGUGCGGGUUGUCUCUCUCUGACCAGCGGGAGGUGCCGGCUUCUAGACAGGAGGAGUCCCACACGUGCUGCACUUGUCGCUUGGCCGAGCUCCAGCAGCAGGUGUCCCUACUGCAGAAGCAGCUGGCACAAGAACGAAAAUACAAGCAAGACUAUAUUGAGAGCUGCACAAAGACCAGCCGGGAGCUCUCGGACCUUCACCAAGAGCUUUCGGCCUCCUUAGCAGCUGUGGCCAGGGAUCCCAAAGCUGCUGUUUUGGAAGCAGAAACUUUGAAGCUCCAUCGGUCUCUGAACCUUAACUUGGCACUACUUUCUCUGGACCGUCAGAGUCCUGAGAAACAGCCACUGCAUUCAACAGCCAGACCCACCAGAAGCGAUGACCCGAGGUGACAGCCCCAGCGUACGGCAAAAGGCUGAUUUCCAAAUUAUGUUUCCUUCAGUGCCUGAGGAUUAUGGGAAACCAAAAGGAAUGCAAAGUUUUACUGUUUUACUUAAUGACUGCGCAGAACAACUUUCAGCUACUUUGGGUACAUAUGUAUAAAUAUGGAACCAACAGCAACAGCACAUGAGACCAAAGUUUAUGUACAAGUGUAGACAAACACCCAUGCAACCAGCAAUAAGGGAAGCAAAAUCAUCUCACUGGGAUUUAACAUUCUUGAAGCCAGAAACAAAACAAAAUGACAAAAUAACGUUUUUCUCACAAGUGGACAAUUUUAUUUUUCAAACACAGUUUUUCGGCGUUUCUGGUGUUUCUGGUUCCUUCAGACGUGUGAAUGUUGCAUAAAGACAGGAAGGAGAACUUGCCUUGAAACAAGUGGAACGUACAGCACUUACUUUGCAAAUAAAGAUGAUGAGGAGACCUUCAGAGGUCUUUGGGGCAUGAAGAUUACCAUGGUGUAAGGAUAUUUAACUUUCUGAAAAACCCUCAGGACAUUUAGAAUGCCAAGCACAAGUGAAAUGUGGUUUGAAUCUAUUUCAGCAGGUGAGAGAAUGCACUUGCGUCUCUUAAGGGCAUGAGAUUCAUAGGCUACCGACGUAACUUUCCCAGCCAGCUUUCUCUUCUGAUGAGAUGUAGAAAGAAGUUUACAAGUCUGGGAGAAUUUGUCAAGGAUACUGAAGUCAAAGGAAACAGUAUUGGUGGAAACCAAGAAGGAGGUUCCAGGUUAAUUAAAGAUUGAUAAGAGGAAACAUGAUAGUCAUGAAGUAUCUAAAGCAGUCAUUCCAAAAUACACUAUGACUCAAUUUCUUUUUUAUAAAAUGUGGAUUUCUGUUUGCUUUGAAAUUUUUUAUGGCAUUUUGCGUAUUUCUCUACAGCUUUCAUUUUUCCAGGCAUGGUCGAGUGUUUCUUCAGGACCAAGACUCUUGGAGCCAGGGAGAUGGAACAUUUCUGUCCUCCUCUCCCUCCCAUUGUUCAGGUAACCAGGGCAGUAUCUUCUCUCUGUGCAAGGUGGAUUUUUAGCUCCUGCUGAGUUUCUGCAGACCAUCGGGCAUCUUAUCACUGCUGAGAGCUGGAGGAGUUGUUGCUUUGCACAGGGCAAGCUCAUUGACAGUUCUUGUUCCAAACUGAAAGCUAUCAGCUGUUCUGACACUCCUCUCUCCUUUAAGCUGUUUCCACAUGGUAACACAACCUUGACAAAUUUUUAAGGCUGUUUCCAUUGAAUUCUGUCACCAGAGGCAGGAAACGACGCUGUUUGUGGAUGUUGCCAAGUUGGUGCAAUGUUAAAAGAUUUGCUUAUUAAAUAUCUCACUCAAAUUGUUUCA